UUCGCAAAAGUCCAUUGACAGACAAAAAUCUAGGGGAGGCUUGUUCCUAUGGUCAUACAUACACUCUUUCUGCACAAAAAAUUGGAUAGUUUGACUAACCUUGAUUACCUGUUUUUAAUCGAGUUGUUCCUUUUUUUUCUAAGAAAAGUUCGUCUAGAUUGUAGGGAAUUCUAUUUAUUGUAUUACCAUCCUCUGACUUCGGGACUUUUUUACAGUUUGAUUUUUAAGGCACAAUUUGUUUCUCUCUUUAGUUCAUCAUGGAUGAAGAUUCGAUGAGCGAUGUGCCGAGCUUCCACAUGUCGGACGACGAGUCUGAUAACUUUGCACCCACAGUAAGUUAUUCCAAUAUCUUUCAGUUACACAAAUGUGCCGCCUAGCAACUUGCUCAAUCCUCUACAUUCAACUAACUCUUUCACCUAGAAAGCUAAAGCGAAGACUGCUGUAAAGAAAACUGCAGCGCCAAAAGCGAAAGAACCGAAAGCAAAACCACUAAAGGCAGCAAAGGAGCCAAAAGCUCCAAAAGCCCCAAAGGCUACUAAGGCCACGAAAACAGCAAAGACCAUACAAACCACCCUUAACAUGGCUGCCAAAAAGCGCGCGAGGUCUGCAAGCGACGAUGAGGACCAACAAUCAGACAACGACUCCUCGAACACUGCGUCCCAGUUGUCCAACACCCCGCCAAAUUCGAAAAAGCAGAAGAAAGCUCCCGCUACUAAAAGACAGACUAGUGAAGCCCUGCAUGAUAUUGAGAACGAAAGCAUAAUGGAGAUAGAGCCUAAACCAAAGAAGACGAAAACCUCCACGGAACAAUACCAGAAACUCACUCAACUAGAGCACAUCAUCAAGCGUCCAGAUACAUACAUUGGCUCUGUUGAGAAGACGGAGCAGACCAUGUGGGUAUUCAAUUCCGAGACUAAGGAGAUGGAGCUCCGGAAGGUCACGUUUGUCCCCGGUUUGUACAAGAUCUUCGACGAGAUUAUGGUCAAUGCCGCGGACAACAAACAAAACGACUCUAACAUGAAGAAUUUAAAGGUGGUUGUAGAUCGUGAGAAGGGUGAGAUUAGUGUUGAGAACGACGGUAGAGGUAUUCCUGUUGAAAUUCACGAGGUAAGUCGUUUCUUCCGUUCGUAUAUGUUAGUCGGUGAUUAUUAGAGACAAUUCAUGCACCGCUCACGUAGCUUUUUGGGGUGGUUGAUGAUAAUCAUACCAAUAAUAAUUUGGAUUGAGUGCAUGGAUCUGCUUCUACCUUUUCAAAAUGUUAUCUGAGAUAUGAUAUACUAACACCCUAUCCAGAAAGAAAAGAUUUAUAUCCCGGAGAUGAUCUUUGGGCAUCUUCUCACUGGUUCCAACUACGAUGAUGACGAAGCCAAAACAACUGGUGGGCGUAAUGGUUACGGAGCAAAGCUUUGUAACAUUUUCAGUACCGAGUUCACGUUAGAGACACAGGAUUCUAAUAGCGGCAAGAGGUAUAAGCAAACCUGGACAGAUAACAUGAGCAAAAUGGGCAAGGCGAGAAUCUCAUCUAGCAAAAAUGCCGAUUUCACUAGAGUUACCUUCACUCCGGAUUGGAAAAAAUUCAAGAUGACAGGAAUUGAUGAUGAUUUCGAGGCUAUGGUGAAGCGCCGAGUGUAUGACAUGGCUGGUGUUGUCAAGGGUGUCAAAGUUUACCUCAACGGAACACAAAUCAAGCUUGACUUCAAAAAGUACAUCGAAAUGUACGCCAAGGCAAUCAACAAAGAACGUGGCUCGGAAGAUACAAGCGCAAAUACCGUCAUCCUCGAGGAUUCAAAAGGUCAUCCAAAAUGGGAAGUCGGUUUUGCUGUUUCCGAUGGUUCCUUCCAACAAGUAUCAUUUGUCAACUCAAUUGCUACAACUUCUGGUGGUACUCAUGUUAAUUAUAUUGCCGAUCAGAUUUGCGAUAAGUUGCUAGAGGUCGUAAAGAAAAAGAAUCCAAAAGGUGCACUUCUGAAGGCAAACCAGGUUCGCAAUCAUAUCUUUUUGUUUGUCAACUGUCUCAUUACAAACCCUGCUUUUACCUCGCAAACAAAAGAGCAAUUGACUACGAGAAAACCACAAUUCGGGUCAAAAUGCACUUUAACGGAGGAAUUUCUGAAGAAGAUUGGCAAAACUGAAGCUGUAGAGAAUAUUCUCAAUUUCGCAGCAAAGAAGGCCGAUUUGGAAUUGGCAAAGAGUGAUGGAAAUAGGCGCUCACGUAUGAACAAUCCCAAGCUCGUGGAUGCAAAUUUGGCUGGAACAAAGCGUGGCCACGAAUGUACCCUGAUUCUCACCGAAGGUGACUCUGCCAAGGGUCUCGCAGUUGCUGGCCGAGCUGUUCUCGAUCCAGACCGUAUAGGUGUUUUCCCGCUUCGUGGAAAGCUGCUCAACGUCCGGGAUGCUUCACACGACCAGAUUGCAAAGAACGCUGAAAUUCAGAAUAUCAAACAAUUCUUGGGGUUGAAGCACAAAACCGUUUACAAGGACACUUUAGGUCUCCGAUAUGGACAUCUAAUGAUCAUGGCAGAUCAAGAUCACGAUGGUAGUCAUAUCAAAGGAUUGUUGAUCAACUUUUUACAAGUGCAGUAUCCCAGUUUACUGAAACUGCCCGAGUUCUUCCGAGAGUUCAUUACUCCAAUUGUCAAAGUAUGGAAAGGGCCAAACCCCAAUAAGCCUACCAAUUUGCAAUCCUUUUUCACUAUACCUGAAUACGAGGAAUGGAAAGAAGCUCAUGCUAACGACAAGGGAUGGAAGCAUAAAUACUAUAAGGGAUUGGGUACGAGCAAAGCUGAAGAUGCGCAAAUCUAUUUCAGCAAUCUUGAUGUCCAUUUAAGAGAGUUUGAAGUCAUUAAACCGGAAGAAGAAGAGAUGUUGGAUCUUGCCUUCUCGAAGAAGAAAGCAGAUUCUCGUAAGACAUGGCUAGGAAACUUUGUCCCCGGUACUUACCUGGACCACACGGAUAAAAUGCUCACGUAUGAUAACUUCAUCAACAAGGAGUUGAUUCUUUUUAGUAUGGCGGAUAACCUCCGUUCCAUUCCUUCCGUAAUUGACGGUCUUAAGCCUGGGCAACGGAAAGUUAUGUAUGCUUGCUUCAAGCGCAAUCUUAUAAAUGAUAUGAAAGUCGUUGAACUCGCUGGUUAUGUCAGUCAGGUUUCAGCCUAUCACCAUGGUGAGGCCUCGAUGCAAAUGACUAUUGUUGGCCUCGCUCAAAAUUUUGUCGGUUCGAACAAUGUUAAUUGUCUUGAGCCAAGUGGAAAUUUCGGAAGUAGACUUCAGGGAGGUAGCGAUGCUGCUAGCGCUCGUUAUAUUUUCACAAGACUAUCACCCUUUGCCAGACGAGUAUACUCCGCUCUUGAUGACCCGGUUUUGGAAUACAACGUUGAUGAUGGUCGCUCAAUUGAGCCUGUCACCUACUUCCCAGUUGUUCCUAUGGUUCUGAUCAACGGCGCCGAUGGUAUUGGUACUGGUUGGAGUACAAACAUUCCAAACUAUCAUCCUGUGGAGAUUGUAAAUAACCUGAAGCGCCGCAUGGGUCGUCUAAAUGGUAGUGGUGAAGAAAAACCAUUUGAAACAAUGAUGCCGUGGUUUCGGGGUUGGAAGGGCACUGCUGAACCUGCCGGUCCAGAUCGUUACAAGUUCAAUGGUAUCAUCCGAGAGACUGGCGAUACUGAAGUUGAGAUUAUCGAGUUACCCAUUCGUAUGUGGACCGACGACUUUAAAGCUAAGCUUGAGGAGAUUAUCAAAGCCGAAAAGGUUCCAUCAUUCAUCAAGGAUUAUAAGGAAUUCAACGACCACAAAACCGUGCACAUGAUCAUCCAGAUGGACGACAAACAUAUGAAGGCUGCUCUAAUAGAAGGGUUAGCCGAAAAAUUCAAGCUAAACAAGACCGUCGCUACUUCUAACCUAGUGGCCUUUGAUCACAGAGGUCAAAUUCGAAAGUACGAGAAAGUUGAAGAUAUCCUCGAGGAGUUUUACGAGCAACGUUUUAAGAUGUAUACUGUUAGGAAAGCAUAUUGGGUGAACAAACUCAAUGUGGAAUUUCGCAAGCUUACCAACCAAGCUCGAUUCGUGACUGAAAUUAUCGAGAAUAAAUUGGUUGUGUCGAAGAAGAAGAAGCCAGUCCUUGUUGCGGAACUUCGAAAGCGCGGCUAUGAGGGAUUUCCUAAGGUCAGCGAAGCAAAGAAAGCCGGCGAAACCGAUGAUGUAGUGGAAAAUGAGGAAGAAGUGGCCAUUGAUGAAGAUGCUGGAGCUAGAGACUAUGAUUAUCUCCUUGGCGUGAGUAACCUAGCAUUCAGUCUGUUAUCACAUAUUGACUUUCCACUAGUUACCAAUUUGGUCCCUUACCCAAGAACGUGUCGACAAACUAAACAAGCAGAAGGAUGACAAGAAAGACGAAAUUGACACACUAGAAAGGCUAAGUGAAAAAGACUUGUGGUGUGAAGAUCUUGAUGCAUUUGUCCUAGAAUGGGAAGACCAACUCAAACAAGAUGCUGAGAUUAGCAAGGUCAUUCGCAACACAAACCGACGUCGUUCAAACAAGAUUGGAGCCGGUGGAGCCGGUGGAAAGCCUGGUGGUAGAGGUCGGCCUAGGAAUGAAGAUGAGGAGUUUACUGUUGGGGCAAAGAAAAAGGCUCCAGCUAAGCCCCUGAAAGCCGACCCAAUGAAGGGAGUCACAAAAGUUGAGAGCAAGCCCCAUCAGGGGUUCAUGGAUAUGUUCUCUAACAAACCUAAAUCGAAAUCAGUUGGGCGCUUUGAUGGUGGCGAUGAUUCAGGCAUGUCUGAUGACGAUUUCGCGGCAUUGGCGGCUCCAGAAGCUGAUGUCCCUAAAAUUGAUGCCGGUGCUGGACGAAGCAAGCGUGCAGCAGCUGCCGCACCAAAGAAAUGGAUAGUGGAUGAUGAUGAGGAGGGUGAAAGUGAUGACGAUAAUCUUCUUGGCGAUAUCGAUAAUAUGGUCAAGGGCAUUGGUGGUAACGAUAAAGAAGUCGCUGCUACGGGAAAUUCGAGACUUUCUUUGUUUGCGAUGUCAACAAGCAACGGCGACAGGCCUAGUAGCAGCACAGGUUUACCCAAGCCCAAACCUAAGCCUGGCAAGGUAAUCGACCUGUCCGAAGACGAGACCAACUAUGAAAUGCUUGCUAGAAGUUCCCCUCAAAAAGCUCCAGCUAAGGACGAGGUUGAUGGUCUUUUGUCUUCUGAUGAAGACGUUAUUCCAAUCGUCCCUAAGAAGGCUCCUGCUCAGAAAGCAAAGGCAACGAGAGAAGCACCGAAGCCUAAGAAAGCCCCUGUUGCUAAGAAGCAAGCUGCCGUUGCAGAAUCCAAGCCUGCUCCUCUUUCGCCAGCCGCGAAGGCAUAUGCAGCGAAACAAAACCGUCUCCAGCAGAUUUCUAAGACGAUUGGCUAUAGUGAGGAUGAAAGUGAGGACAAGGAUAUGGAAGAAGCGUCACCGUCGCCGCCAAAGUCCGCCGCCAAAGGUAGACAAGCCAACUCAAAGACGACCGUUACUAAAUAUGCCAUCAGUGACGAGUCAGAUGAAGACAUUGAAAUGGAAGAUGCCGCACCACCCAAAAAAGCUCCCAAAGGUAAAACUGCUUCCAAGACGACUGAUACCAGUGACGACGAGGAAGAUUCCAUUGCCCCUAUUCCUAAGAGGGGUGCCAAAUCCAAGGCUGCCCUCAAGAAGUCCGUCGUCAGCGAUGAUGAGGACGAGUCAAUUGCCCCUGCUCCCAAGAGGGGUGCCAAACCUAAGGCUGCCCCCAGGAAGUCAGUUAUUAGUGAUGAUGAGGAUGAUUCCAUCGCUCCUCCUCCCAAGCGUGCCGCAAGCUCGAAAGCUGCAGCCAAGGAGCUAGCUCUUAGCGAUGAUGAGGACGUGGACGAAGAUGAGGUAGAUUCUCCGCCCAAGCCAGCUGCACGCGGAGGCCGUGGUCGUCCAGCAAGAACUGCUGCUGCCAAGCCCAAGAAACCAGUCUAUACUAUCGACUCGGAUGACGAGGAAGAUGAUGACGACGCUGAUGAUGUUGAUGAAUCUGUACUGGUGGAAGAUGAUGAAAGCGAGGACGACUUCAGCGAAUAAAUGGUGAUGUCUUGUCCAUGUUUCGGCGUUCAAUGGGGGUGGGAUAUUUACUAUUCAUUCUGAUUUAGUCUUUUAGGAAAGGCUCUUUAGCGCAAUCGCAUACUUCUAUUACAUCAGGACAUCAAUUUGUAUGGCAGUGUGACACUUCAUGGAAUUUUUGUGAAGGCGAUGGACCGAGGUCUGUUUCCCACCACACUCUUUAAGUAGAUAGUCUGUAUGCAUGCAGUAUAUCGAUUAUGAAUAUAUUUUCUU